AUGCUAAAUGGUCAAGCUACUCAUGAUCACGGAUAUUGCGAUUCAGAAUGUAACACAGAUAAAAGCUUAUCAACCGAUAUUCCAUGCCAAACGGUACAAUGCAUAACACCUGUCAAGUGCUAUAAACAUUCAGCAGCAUUGGGCAGUAAAGAGCGGGAUAACCGAUUCGCACCCACUUUUGAAAUUAGCGAUGAUAAUUGGUGUCAUGAUGAUAGUAACGCAUCUGACUCAGGGCUCUGCCUUGCUGUGACUAGUGCACGGAAUGAAAAUGCAGAGCCCAAUACAGAUAUCAAUAAAAAUUUAGAAAUAAAUACAGAUCGUAAUUCUGUGAACCUAGAUUCAAAUGAUGGAAUCAUUGAAGAAAGAGCAGGAAAUUUGACAUCAGCUUACGAGGAAGCUGAAAGAACGGCGAAUUUUAUGAAACGGAAUUCACCAUCGUUAGUCGAGUGUUUAAAAACAACCAAUGACGGAAUAAGCGAAAUGGCUACAAAUGUCUCAGGUAAUAUGGAAUCCAAAGUGUUGCAAAAGAUUGACGAUUCCUCACGAAAUGAAGGCCAGUGCGCAACGACAAGAAUUCCACUGCGAAAGCUUCGACUUAAUUUCGAUUUUUCACCGAUCGAUGAUGAUAAUUUAUUACUAAAUUUUCAGCUGAAACCAAAAAAAAUUAUUACAUAUAAAAUACAACCUUUCAAUAAAUAUAAAUAA